AUGAUUUGUUCUUAUCAGUUCAACUAUAAAAGCCUCUACUCUCUCACGCCUAUACUUGUCUCAUAUAUAAUCCCAGUUUCUCCAUUAAUGGCAGAACCAACGAAGAGGUGCGCAGUUGUUACUGGGGCAAACAAAGGUAUUGGUUUGGAAAUAUGCAAGCAGUUGGCUUCACAUGGGUUGACUGUAGUUUUGACAGCUAGAGAUGAGAAGAGAGGUAUGGAAGCUGUUGAAAAGCUCAAAGAAUCUGGUCUCUCUGAAUACAUAGUUUUUCAUCAGCUUGAUGUUGCAGACCCUGCAACUAUUGCUUCUCUAGCAGAUUUUGUCAAGAGGCAAUUUGGAAAGCUUGAUAUCUUGGUGAACAAUGCAGGAAUUGGUGGUGUGAUAACAGAUCAUGAUGCUUUAACAGCUGUUGUCAUCAGUAAGUAUCAGGCGGAUGAAUAUAUCAACUGGAGUGAAAUAGUAACUCAAACAUAUGAGUUGGCCCAAGAAUGCCUCAAAACAAACUACACUGGUGCCAAAAGGAUGUCUGAAACAUUUAUUCCCCUCCUCCAGUUAUCUGAUUCACCAAGAAUUGUAAAUGUUUCUUCCUCCCUGGGAAAGUUAAAGAAUGUAUCAAAUGAAUGGGCAAAAACAAUCUUAAGUGAUGCUGAAAACCUUACAGAAGAGAGAGUGGGUGAAGUGUUGAACAACUAUCUGACAGAUUUUAAAGAGGGAUCACUAGAAGCUGGAGGAUGGCGAGAUUCUACGAUUGCCUAUAUACUCUCCAAAGCUGCCCUGAAUGCCUAUACGAGGAUUUUGGCUAAGAAACACCCCAGUUUCUGCAUUAAUUGUGUUUGCCCUGGCCAUGUCAAAACUGAUAUAAACUAUAAUACUGGAGUCUUGACUGUUGAGGAAGGUGCUCAAGGUCCUGUGAGAUUGGCAUUGCUGCCAAAUGGUGCCCCUUCUGGUCUCUUCUUCUAUCGAUUGGAAGAAUCAGAAUUCUGAUCAGAUUGUGGGAAAGUUUAUGCUAUUUCCUCUGUAGUGCUUUAUGAUUGUCUUAGAAGCUCAAACAAGUAAAAGCAUAUGAGAAAAAAUGUUUAAAUAUAAACGUUGUUUGCAAGUAAUGAAUACAAAGUUUGUGA